AGAUCGACGGAGGAGGCCGCCGCCACCCCCCACCCCACCCCAAAUCGCCUGCCGCCGCCGCCCGCUCAGCUCCUGCUCCACGCCUGCGGCCUCCUCCUCCAAUCCUCCGAACGGGCGCUCCACGGCCGACUCAGCGCCUCGACCUCCGAUCCAGCGGCCGAAGGCAGAGAGAGGUGGGAGCAGCGAGCGCAUUUGCAAACAAUUCGACUGGCCCAAUGGAGCAAGAAGACGAAUCAGAAGGUGCUGCAGCGGAGCAACCGGCGGACGAAGCAGAGGAGCAGCUCGCCGACGAUCUCCUCCUGCACUUCGAGCGAGUCCUCCACUCCGACCCCCUCAUUGACGAGGUGGGGUUCUUGCAUCCGACGCAGUUCGGCUCGCUAGGCUGCGGCCAAGAUGGCGAUUCUGCAUCCCAGGCUCCGGAGUUCCAGCACAGGUACUUCUGGUGCAGAGACCACAAGCUUGCCAUCUGCUCUGAGAUCCUGCCCAAGCUCUACCGCGCCGCCCGCGAUGCGUACUACAACACGAGAAAUGCUCCAUCACAAGCAGUUCAUCUGAUGAGCCUCACCAAGGUGCUACUCAUACUUUGCCCUGACAUGCUUACCGCAUGGAACUCCAGGAAGAUGGUUCUGUCGGAGAAAUAUGAUCUCACAAAGCUCAAGGAUGAGCUGCAAUUGUGUGCGCUGAUCCUUUCCUACUCGCCAAAGAACGAGAGCACAUGGAGCCACAGGAGAUGGGUGUUAAAACAAGUUGCAGAGCAAAACCAAGAUAUGGCACAGCUUGUAGAGAAGGAAUCUGUACUAGUGAAAGAGAUAGCAGAGAGGUCAAAGAUGAACUACCGUGCAUGGAGGCAUCGAUGCUGGCUUAUUCCUUACAUGACAAGAAAACAGGUGCUGGAUGAACUGAAGAAGUCAACAAGAUGGAGUGAACUACAUGUUGCUGACAACUGCUGCUUUCACUACCGCAGGUCCCUGCUUCUUGCACUGCUAGACAGUUGUCUAGGGAAUGGAGAGGAUUCUGUCAGUUGGGAGUCAGAAACUUGCAUGCUCUGGAAGGAUGAGCUGAGGUGGAAUGAAAUGCUUAUCAGACGCUACCAAGGGAGAGAGUCCUUGUGGAACCACCGGAGGUUCCUUUCACAAUGGUGGAUUCGGCAGUUGUUUUCUGUUGAAGAAACCUGCCCCUCAACGACAUCCCAGGUGGAUCUGUUCAUCACCCAGGAGAUAGGCCUGCUGUCAGAGUGCCUGAAUGACCCUGCGGAUGAGUUUGGGGAGUCAUGCGUCCAAGCAGAGCUUUCAGCACUCUACAUUCUGUGGAUAUCGAAGCAAGUCCCAGCUGUGAAAGGGAAGCUGGAAGAGAGGCUGCAUUCUGUUUCCAUUGUGGGGUUGAAGGAUGUUCUAGUAAGAGCCUGCCGACCGGAGAAGAGGUGGCUGUGGAUGAAUCUGCUUGGCCUGCCUGAUCGAUCACAGUGACGACAUAGCAUUGCUUAUUGAAAUUGAGGGUGUCUGCUUCGAUUGCAGUUGUGACGAAACACAAUGGAUUGCAUUUUGUAACCAAACAAACGGCAAGGAGACCUUUUUAAUUAAGCGUUUGCUUCAGGUCCUC